UCAGAUUUUUGAGAUAAAUUGUUCAUGUGCUGUUCACCCAAGAUUAAAUUUCGAUAAAGUGAGGCAAAACUUACGAAACGUGCAAGCAAGCAUAGCCACAAUUCGAGGAUGCAGUGCCAAGGGUGCCUUCUUCUGUCACAUAAGCCCUGAUUUGCGGCUAUGUUUGCGGCCAGCGUUGAUGAUGCUCUUAAUUUCGGGUUUGGAGCUCAAAGGAUUCGAUUCGAUUCGAUUCGAUUCGAUUCAAUUUUCAUUUUUAUCAAGAUCCAAAAAUGAACUUGAAACCUCAAAACAUCCGGGUCGAGUGGCCCAGUCGAUCUGUGUGCCGGUCAUCACACGAGAAAAUCAGACGCCUGGUUGGCUAUCGGAACGGGCGGGCAGCUGAGCCAACAAGCAGCACAUCGAAUUCAUGCACACCGGCUAAUGAAGAGUACCUCGCAAAUACCGGUAUUAGGUAGAAGAAACAUUUGGAUAGAGCAAAAGGCGACGCAACUGUCUCUCUUUUCGGCUCUUGUACUAGUACCGGUACGGGUCCUGUACCGUAGGGCACCCGCAGACGUCCAGCACAUUGGAGAGCUCUUUGAGCGUCACCACACCCAUCCUCUGAACUCUGUCUCACAAUCCAAUUGAAUAACAAUUGAAAACAGUAAACACAAACCAUUUUUUACAAGAAAACCAUGUUUCGUCGCUCUUCCACCACUGAUAUCAUUGCCGACAAGAUAUCUAGCCGGUCGCUAGAAAAAGUUUGCCAAACGGGGGAUUUGCUCUUGGUUGCCACUUCGUGCAAGGAAAGGGAGCUUUGGUUUCGUAUCAUCACCGCAGUUCAAGGGUACAGGAAUCUGCAACGAAGACUUCCAAUCCUGCACUGUGUGGUUUUGGUCAAAGACCCCCCCAAGGAUGUCUUGAUGGCCUACGGCCUCACAGAGAAAGACAGCCGUGUGUAUUGUCUUGAAUCCACUUGUCACAGCCCUGACGGAUGUCGCUUGAUUCCACUGGAAGAAUGGCUGAAACGUGAACUCAACCCUUUGUUCGUGGGCAGCAAAGUCUUGUACCGAAGUUGCGAAGUUACCGAUGAUACGUGGGUCUCCCCAAAGGCCUUUUGGAACUGGGUGAUUGAAGCCCGCACUAUUCCGUAUACAAAGCUCUCCACCAAGGCUGGCUUCGAUUUGCUCUACAAUUGGUUAUUUUCAUCUGAAAGGGUUGUUCAAGCGUUACUCGAGGUCCAAACCGACCUCUCCAUGGUGCGAGUCAUGAAGAUCGUUGGAGAUGGGCCCUUGGGCCACAUUGUUGCAGGGUUCUGUGGGCUCGUAGCCCAGUUUGCACUGGCGCUUUACUUCACCAUAGUUACAAUUACCGUCAUCCUGUUCCAUAUUCCUGAAUUGCUCCAUCAAGGACGACUCGGUCGUGUCCCUGCCGAGACUAACGAACGAGGCUUUGUCAAGACAAUCAACUGCAGCGGUUGCACUGCAGAAUCUCUCAUGCAUCUUGGACUCUUGGAUGGCACCAAAACUGACUCCUCCUGGUGGCUACCCCGUGACUUUUUGCCAAGGGAUGUUGCUUCGAGUGCAACCGGUGGAAAUUUGCUGGACCUACACACUACUCAAGCCAAGUACGCCAACACAUUGAUUGUCGGUGGAAAUUUGCUGGACCUACACACUACUCAAGCCAAGUACGCCAACACAUUGAUUGAUGUUUUUGUGCCUGACUAUGAGCUGGAGCAGCGUACUCGUCAAAGUGUACGAUAUUCGUUUCAGAAACAGCUUGCUCGUGAACUCCUCCAAUAUACCGGGACGGGGGAAUUCUCAUACGAUUCAGAUUCAGAUUCAGCAGUGACUAAUUAAGUACAGGCAGCUUCGGUUUUAAAGAUUCAAACGCGUGCCAGGUUUUCUCGUACACUUCUAUGAGAGCUCGAGUAGAUGUGUACCAUGGAGGUCGGCACGCGUUUGCAUCAAUAAAAUCGAAGCUGCUCGUAAAUUUUCGGAGAAAUGCGAAAUGCGGAAGUUCAAGAUUGUGAUGGGAUCAAAGAAUUGAAGACGUAAGAUUAUGAAUGGUGAAAGAAGAUGCCUCAUCCCAUUUCUUGAGAGAUCAGCGUGCUGUGCCUGAUGCAGAACAAACAAGUAAUGUAAUGCUCGUCCAGAACG